AAGCAUUACAGUGUAUUGGUAGAACUGAGCGCCAGCGGUGGCUUGUAAUUAAGGGUGAGGCCAUUUUCUGUGGAUUGUCAAACCGUUGCUAGAUGGAUGAACGUCAAAAUAUUUUACUUUGAGGUAUAUAACUGACGCAUAUAUUUCAGCAGCACCCAUUCCAUAUAUUUUGAGCUAGAACCAAUAAGAGUGUUACGAGAAAAACAGGAUGGCGAAUCUCAGACAAAUAUCCACAACAAUUUUUAUUGUAUUUAUCUCAGUAUACCUCGGGGAAACUAAAAGUGUGCAAAAGCGGAGCGUUUUUCAGAUGUGUAACCUGAUCCAGUUUUACACCCAGAACUCUUGCUAUGACUACAAUGAUUACGGCUGCUUCUGUGGUUACGGACAAGUCGGUUAUAAGGCGGUGGACAGAGUCGAUGGUUGCUGCAAAAAGCAUGACUCGUGUUACGGGAGAGUAAAUUGCUACUUUGGCGCUCAGUUUGUUCCGUUUGGGUCAUCAUGCAAUUCUACAACACAAGAAUGUCAGUGCACUGAUUCGCCUGGAUCCUGUGCUCGUGAUGUGUGCGAGUGCGACCUAGAAUUUGCUUCCUGUCUUAGGGGUCAACCUGUACACCCUGUCUUCAUCAACUAUGAUCGGACUCAGUGUAAACUGAUCCCACCAAAACUUAUUAAUCAACACUGACUUUGUAAAUUCUUAAUAAACACAUAUCACUCAGCA